AUGGGGAGGGGAAGAGUGGAGCUCAAGAGAAUAGAGAACAAGAUCAACCGCCAAGUGACUUUUUCAAAGAGGAGAAAUGGUUUGCUCAAAAAAGCAUAUGAGCUCUCUGUGCUUUGUGAUGCUGAGGUUGCCCUUAUCAUCUUCUCUAGUCGAGGCAAGCUUUACGAGUUUGCAAGUUCUGGUAUGACCCAAACCCUUGAGCGAUACCAACGCAGCAACUACAGUUCUCAUGACAACACCAUCAAACGGGAAACAGAGUGCUGGUAUGAAGAAGUCUCAAAGCUGAGAGCCAAAUAUGACUCACUUUUGCGAACUCAAAGGCAUCUGCUUGGGGAAGACCUUGGACCACUGAGUGUGAAGGAGUUGCAAAAUCUUGAGAAACAACUUGAAGGAGCUCUCACACAAGCCAGACAAAGGAAGACACAGAUUAUGAUUGAACAAAUGGAACAUCUGCGCAAAAAGGAGCGACAGCUUGGAGACCUUAACCUGCAGCUCAGGGAUAAGCUUCAAAAGGAGGGAGAAAAUCUCAAAGCCAUUCAAGACUUUUGGAGCUCCAACACUGCGGCAGCUGGGAAUAACAACUUCUUACAUCCUUCACAAGCCAGUCACAUGGAUCCCCCUCCUGAACCCAUCUUACAAAUUGGGUACCAGCACUACGUUGCUGCUGAAUCAGCAGAAGUUCCGAAGAGCAUGGCCAUGGCUGCCGAGACCAACUUCAUCCAGGGAUGGGUUCUUUGA